AUGGGACACAUCCGGGAAGCCGUUAGCUGGCCCGCCCGUGGGCGACCGGCAGGCGGCGGCCCUGCCGAUGAGCCCGUCCCUGGGGCGGGUCUCGGCGGAGACUCGGGGCGGCCCGGGGGCCGGGCCCUAAAGAGCGCGUUGCGCGCGGGAGAUCUGAGCGAUGGGGCCGAGAGGAGCCCGGUCGGCUCCGGCUGCAGCGCGGCGGCAGUGACAGCGGCGACCCUCAGAGGCCCGGCCGCCCCAGUCCGGGGCUCUCCUCGCCCAGUCCGCCCCAUUUCUGGAGCCGACGUCCACGCCUUCCGGGACCGAGACCCACGGGCCUGGCGGCGGAGCCCGUGGUGGUGGCGGCGCCCGCUGUGGUGGCGGAGGCGACGGCGGGCCAGCUCCCCGGCGUCGCGGGGGCACGACGCGCGGGUGGCGACCCGAGAGCGAUGCUCGGAGGCGGCCUCGAAUCCUUCCCCGGCCCGUCCUGCAGCGCAGCGGCGGCGGCCUCGGCGGCGGCGGUCCCGACGGCGGCGGCCUCGGCGACAGCGGGACACAGCCCUCGAGAACCUCGCGGCCAACACGCUGCUGCUGAAAGCCCGCGAAGGAGGAUAUGGCAAAAAAAGUGGUCGUAGCAAAAAGUGGAAGGAGAUGCUGAAGCUGCCCCCUCUCAGCAAAUGUGUUGAGCUCCGACUCUCCAUUGAAAAGGAUUAUCACAGUCUUUGUGACAAGCAGCCAAUAGGAAGACUUCUCUUCCGGCAGUUCUGUGACACGAAACCCGACCUGCAGAGACACGUUGAGUUCUUGGACGCAGUGGCAGAAUAUGAAGUGACUGACGAAGAGGGCCAAAGGGAUUGUGGACUGAAGGUCUUAGACGCAUUCUUCAGGGACCAGACAUCUGCAGCCCUCUUACCAGAAAUACUGCCGGAUGUUGUGCUGCGGUGCAGAGAGAGACUGGCAGAGGCUCCUUCCAGAGAGAUCUUCCAGGAGUGCACUAGAAUUGUUCAUAAUUAUUUAAGUGGAGAACCAUUUGAAGAAUACCAAGAAAGCCCGUAUUUUUCUCGGUUUUUGCAGUGGAAAUGGCGGGAAAGGCAGCCAGUAACAAAGAACACCUUUAGACAUUACAGAGUUCUGGGCAAAGGCGGAUUUGGAGAGGUGUGUGCCUGCCAAGUGCGAGCCACAGGAAGAAUGUACGCCUGCAAAAAGCUGGAGAAAAAGAGGAUCAAGAAGAGGAAAGGUGAAGUUAUGGCUCUGAACGAGAAGAGGAUCUUAGAAAAAGUGCACAGUCGAUUUGUAGUCAGUUUAUCCUACACGUAUGAGACCCGAGACACCUUGUGUCUGGUGCUCACCAUGAUGAGUGGAGGAGACCUGAAGUUUCACAUCUACAACCUGGGCAAUCCUGGCUUCAAUGAGCCGAGAGCCGUGUUCUACGCCGCAGAGCUGUGCUGCGGCCUGGAAGAUUUGCAGAGGGAACGGAUCGUGUACAGAGACCUGAAGCCCGACAACAUCCUCCUGGACGACCAUGGACACAUUCGGAUUUCAGAUCUGGGCUUAGCUGUGGAGAUCCCAGAAGGGGGGACGGUCCGCGGAAGAGUCGGAACAGUCGGUUACAUGGCUCCGGAAGUUAUCAAUAAUGAGAACUAUACCUUUAGUCCUGACUGGUGGGGACUUGGCUGUCUGAUUUAUGAAAUGAUUCAGGGACAUUCUCCAUUCAGAAAAUUCAAAGAGAAGGUGAACCGAGAGGAGGUGAAUCGCAGAGUGAACCAGGACAGCGAGCGGUACUCGGAGAAGUUUUCAGAGGACGCCAGGUCCAUCUGCCAGAUGCUACUCACCAAGAACCCAAAGGAGCGGCUGGGCUGCAAGGGGGUCGGAGCAGCUGAAGUCAGACAGCAUCCUGUGUUCAAGGACAUUAACUUCAAGAGGCUGGAGGCCGGUAUGCUGGAGCCCCCGUUCUGUCCUGAUCCUCACGCCGUGUACUGCAAGGACGUCUUGGAUAUUGAGCAGUUCUCCACCGUGAAGGGGGUCUACCUGGACACCAAAGAUGAAGACUUCUACGCUGCAUUUGCCACCGGCUGUGUCUCUAUCCCCUGGCAGAACGAGAUCAUCGAAUCCCAGUGUUUCCAGGACCUCGGUGACAGUGGGGAUGAGGAAGACUCUACACUUGACCUGGAAGAGAAAGUGUGUCCUCCUGUCCACAGACCCAAGAGAGGCUUCUUCUACAGGCUUCUUAUGAGGGGGGGCUGUCUCCACGCCAGUCCCAGCGAGAAAGACGAGGAGCCAACAAGACUCUGA